AGGGGUCCCCCGGGGGCGGGGCUUCAGGGGUACCCGGAGCCGCUCGGCCCCGGGCGGGAUGCAGUGACAGGGCUCCAGGGGACCAGGGCUGCGAGGGGCGCGCGGGUCCCAUGGGGGCGCGUGCGAGGAGGCGCCGUCCGUUCCUAGCAGGGGUCCCUGGAGACCCCCGGCCGCCUCUCGCGCCUCGCUGUCCCCUCCUGAGUCCGGCUUCGGCAAGUCGGGGCGGCGAGCGGCGCGGGCCGGGAGGGGGCGCCUGGGGCUCACCCCGCCCCAGGGCUGCCGGGCGGAAGGCGGCGGCGGAGACCAGACGCUGAGCCAUGGCCGAGCUGCGGCAGACGCUGGCUGCACCAACCGCCUGACCCUCGACGAGGACGAGGCUCCGGCUGCCCUGCCCGGCCCCCAACCCUACCCGGGUUGGCCAGGAACAGCCUCCAUACCCGAAACGCGGAGGCGCCUCGAGAAGGCGAGGUGGGCAAGUUCAAAGCCCAAGCGUGACUGGGGAACUGCGCCCUGAGCGCUCAGGAAAACCAAAAUGCUACACACUUCUACCUGUGAUCCUUUUCCUAAUGAUACUGGUCUUGGUCUUGUUUGGUUACGGGGUCCUAAGCCCCAGAAGCCUACUGCCAGGAAGCCUGGAACGGGGGUUCUGCAUGGCUUUUAGGGAACCAGACGGUCUGCAGCGUGUCUCAUUGCCAAGGAUGGUCUACCCCCAGCCAAAGGUGUUGACACCCUGUAGGAAGGACGUCCGUGUCGUGACCCCUUGGCUGGCUCCCAUUGUCUGGGAGGGCACGUUCAACAUCGACAUCCUCAACGAGCAGUUCAGGCUCCAGAACACCACCAUCGGGUUAACUGUGUUUGCCAUCAAAAAAUACGUGAUCUUCCUGAAGCUGUUUCUGGAGACGGCGGAGAAGCACUUCAUGGUGGGCCACCGGGUCCACUACUAUGUCUUCACCGACCAGCCGGCCGCGGUGCCGCGCGUGGCGCUGGGGACCGGUCGGCAGCUGUCCGUGCUUGAGGUGCGCGCCUACCAGCGCUGGCAGGACGUGUCCAUGCGCCGCAUGGAGAUGAUCAGCGACUUCUGCGAGCGGCGCUUCCUCAGCGAGGUGGAUUACCUGGUGUGCGUGGACGUGGACAUGGAGUUCCGCGACCACGUGGGCGUGGAGAUCCUGACUCCGCUGUUCGGCACCCUGCACCCCGGCUUCUAUGGAAGCAACCGAGAGGCCUUCACCUACGAGCGCCGGCCCCAGUCCCAGGCCUACAUCCCCAAGGACGAGGGUGAUUUCUACUACUUGGGGGGGUUCUUCGGGGGGUCGGUGCAGGAGGUGCAGCGGCUCACCAGGGCCUGCCACCAGGCCAUGACGGUCGACAAGGCCAACGGCAUUGAGGCCGUGUGGCACGACGAGAGCCACCUGAAUAAGUACUUUCUGCGCCACAAACCCACCAAGGUGCUCUCCCCCGAGUACUUGUGGGACCAGCAGCUGCUAGGCUGGCCCGCGGUCCUGAAGAAGCUGAGGUUCGCGGCGGUGCCCAAAAACCACCAGGCGAUCCGGAACCCGUGAGCGGCUGCCAGGGGCUCUGGGAGGGCUGCCGGCAGCCCCAUCCCCCUCCCGCCCUUGGUUUUAGCAGAACGAGUAAACGCUGCUUCCUUUGUCCUGCUGCAGUAACUGAAGCCUAGGUCUCGCCCCUAUCUCGAAUCACACACACCCCCUCCCCGCCACAGGGACACACCAUUAUAUACACAGACACAAAAUCACGCACAGCCCCUCCCCGCCACAGGGACACACCAUUACAUACACAGACACAAAAUCACGCACACCCCCUCCCUGCCACAGGGACACACCAUUACAUACGCAGACACACAGAGACACAAAAUCACGCACACCCCCUCCCCACCACAGAGACACACAGAAAGACACACACAGACACAAAAUCACACACACCCCCCUCCCCGCCACAGAGACACACCAUUACAUACACAGACACACACAGAAAGACACACAGACACACGAUCACACACAUUCCCUCCCCGCCACAGGGACACACCAUUACAUACACAGACACAGAAAGACACGCAAUCACACAUACCCCUCCCCGCCACAGAGACACACCAUUGCAUACACAGACACACACACAAUCACACACACUCCCUCCCUGCCACAGAGAUACACCAUUACAUACAUACACAAAGACACACACACACACAAUCACACACACCCCCUCCCUGCCACAGAGACAAACCAUUACACACACACACACACACAGAAAGACACACAUGGACACAAUCACACACAUUCCCUCCCCACCACAGAGACACACUGUUACAUACACAGAUACACUAUCACACCCCCACCACAGAGACACACCAUUACAUACACAGACACACACAAACACAAAAUCACACACACCCCCCUCCCUGCCACAGAGACACACCAUUACAUACAUACACACAGAAAGACACACACAGACACACAAUCACACACACCCUUUCCCUGUCACAGAAACACACCAUUACAUACACAGACACUGAAAGGCACACACAGACAGAAUCACACACAUUCCCUCCCCACCACAGAGACACACUGUUACAUACACAGAUACACAAUCACACACCCCCUCCCUGCCACAGAGACACACCAUUACACACACAGACACACACAGACACACAAUCACACAUGCCCCCUUUCCGCCACAGAGACACACCAUUGCACAUACAUACACUGACACACAAUCACACACAAUCACACACACCCCCUCCCCACCACAGAGACAAACCAUUACACACACACACACAAAAAGACACACAGACACACAAUCACACACACCCCGUCCCCACCACAGAGACACACUGUUACAUACACAGACAUACACAGAAAGACACACAUAGACAAUAACACCCCGUCCCUUCCACAGAGACACACCAUUACACACACAGACACAGAAAGACACACAGACACAAAAUCGCACACACCUCUUCCUGCCACAGAGACGCACCAUUACAUACACAGACACACAAAGACACACAGACACACAGACACACAGAUAUACACAGAAAGACACACACAGAAAGACAUGCACGCAGACACACACAGACACAGACACAGAUACAAAGAC